CAAGCCUUCGGCCAUGCGAGGCUCCAACAGGAGGUCUACCGCGGUGCCGCGGCCGCCGCCGGGCGCCCUCCGUGGCCUCUGUGCCUGGCUUGACCAGCUCCCGCUCAGCCGCCCCAAGCGCCACCUGGCCCGGGACUUCAGCGACGGCGUGCUGGUGGCCGAGAUCGUGAAGCACUUCCACCCGCGCCUGGUGGACCUGCACAGCUACAUCCCUGCCUGCAGCACUGACCAGAAGCUCAGCAACUGGAGCCUUCUCAACAGGAAAGUCUUCUGCAAGCUGUGCUUCUGUGUCUCUGAGGAGGACAUCCGUAAAGUGGUCGCCAAUGUGCCUGGGGCCAUUGAGCCCAUCCUGUGUGCACUGAGGGAGAAGGUGGAGGCCAGCACGGCUCAGGCAGCCUCAUCUGGCACAGCUCUGCAUGUCUGCAAAUUGGAUCCAGGGUUCUCCAGCAUGAAUACUCUCCACUCACAGGCAGGCCUGCUGAGCCCCACAGCUCCCACCAGUGUGAAGACCCUUCAGGAUCAGAGGACUCUGGAGAAGACGGGCACAUGUGCUUGUGAAUGUCAGGACCCAGCUGAAGGGGCCUGGGAACACCUGUCCAGGGUUCAGCAGCUGCUGGAGGACAAGGAGCAGGCACUGGCCAUUCUGCAGGAGACAGUCCAGAUUUUGCAGAUGAAGGUGGUAAAGCUGGAGCACCUGGUGCAGCUGAAGGACCGGCGGAUCGCGGAGCUGACGGGACCUGGGCCUGAGGAGUGCUGCAUGCCCCCUGGAGCCCCUCCUCCUGAGUCAGCCAGACCCUGGCCCUGAGCACCUGGAGCCUCCCCGGGCUCCUUCCACGCACCCCUGCACCGUCCAGCAGGCUCUUAGAGGGACAUCUGCAUAAGGCACAGUGUAGAAGCUGGAGUGGGGGUUGGAGUCCUGCUGGGGGUCACUUGGGGUCGUACCACCCGACAGAUGACCUUGGACACAGCCAGAGGGGUUCCCUUGAGCCCACGUCUCAUCACUGCAUCUGUGAACACGUGAGGUCGUGCUGUGUGCGCUGUCUGGGCCUUGGGGUCGUUGCCCGAGGGGGUGGGAAUCGUGGUCAGCCACUUGGCCCUGGUGACAGCCAUACCAGAUUCUGAGAGAGUCCACUGAGAGGACCCUAGGAAGUCACACCCACCUGUGCUGGGCUUUCCCGCUGAGGAGAAGGCUUGAGGCCCGAGAGGCCCGAGAAAGCCAGCUGCCCCCCUCACCUGCUCUGCCUGGGAGACUGGGGGCCAGAGUCGGGGCGCAGGACCUGGGCCCACUGGCCUCUACAGGCCUCGUUGAUCCUUGGCCUGCUUCCUCCUCACUCCUGGGGUAGCUUGUGUCGCAGGCCAAGGGCACUGUGUGGCCGAGGUGUGCCUGACGCUGGUCAGCUGCAACUGGCUGGCCUCUGCAUCUAGCACCUUGCUACAGCAUCCGCAGUGAGCGCAGGGUGGGAGCUGUCCAGAGCCCCACUGCCUGCCCUCAGGGUCAGCUCCCCACUCUCCUGGGCCGAGGCCGCUGCAGGCUGCUGCAGACUUGUCAGGUCUCAGAGCAUUUCCUCCCUGAGCCAGAGGCACAUCCUGCUGCCAUUAUUGCCCACCCCCACCCUGAGUCACUGCAGCCAGGAAAGCAGCUUCCUGAUGACUGGCCUGGUGCUCAGAGCGCUGCCUCCAGGAGAGCAGCCCCAGCCCAGGUGGCCAGGGAAUGGGCUGUGCUGCAGGUGACCCUUGAAUUCCUGGUGUCAGGAGUAGGGAAGUCUUUUCCUAAAUCCCUGAGAGAUAGGAGCUCCCAAGCCCCAGGUGGCUAGCUGUCAUUGCAUCUGGGGUCAGGGCACAAAAUACCUAGGCCAAGGCUGGCCAGCCAAGUCAGCACAGGCCCCUGUAGCUUGAGACCCUGCGGCCGACCUGGCUGCCACUCUAGGCUGAGGCGGGGAAUCCCACAGGCCCUGGCCCCAUCCCACCCCUUCCCUGCCUCCUCCAGGGCUCCUCCCCACCCCCUGGGGCAGUGACCAUACAGUGCCAGCUGCUCUGCUCCAGUGCCCCAACAUGCCCGCACGCAUGCAUGCGCAUGGCCAAACACGUGUGCAUCAUA